CGCCGCCGCCGCCGCCUGGGAGCUCGGGCCGUCUCCGGGGCUGGGGCUGCAGGAAGAAAGCAGCUCCCGUCGCGCCGCGCCGUCAGCCCGCCAGCCCGCUUCGCCCUGACCCAUCUCCCCAUGAGUGCCCCCGGCCUGGCUGCCGACGGACGUCGCCACAGCAUCCGGAUUUAACACGGAAGCCCGGGGCGGGGGCCGCGGGAGAAGGAGGAGGAGGGGGGAAGGCCGGUAGGUCCCGCGUCCCUGUCGGCCCGGCGCGGCGGCCUCGGCCGGAGCCAUGACCUCGCUGACCCAGCGCAGCUCGGGCCUGGUGCAGCGGCGCACCGAGGCCUCCCGCAACGCCGCCGACAAGGAGCGAGCGGCGGGCGGCGGCGGCGGCAGCGGCGAGGACGACGCGCAGACCCGCCGCGACGAACAGGACGACGACGACAAGGGCGACUCCAAGGAAACGCGGCUGACACUGAUGGAGGAGGUGCUCCUGCUGGGCCUCAAGGACCGAGAGGGCUAUACAUCAUUUUGGAAUGACUGUAUAUCAUCUGGAUUACGUGGCUGUAUGUUAAUUGAAUUAGCGUUAAGAGGAAGGUUGCAACUAGAGGCUUGUGGAAUGAGACGUAAAAGUCUAUUAACAAGAAAGGUGAUCUGUAAGUCUGACGCCCCAACAGGGGAUGUGCUUCUCGACGAAGCUCUCAAGCACGUUAAGGAGACUCAGCCUCCAGAAACUGUCCAGAACUGGAUUGAAUUACUUAGUGGUGAAACAUGGAAUCCGUUAAAACUGCAUUAUCAGUUAAGAAAUGUGCGAGAACGAUUAGCUAAAAACCUGGUAGAAAAGGGCGUAUUGACAACAGAGAAACAGAACUUCCUACUUUUUGACAUGACAACACAUCCCCUCACCAACAACAACAUUAAGCAGCGCCUCAUCAAGAAGGUCCAGGAAGCCGUUCUUGACAAGUGGGUGAAUGACCCUCACCGCAUGGACAAGCGCCUGCUGGCCCUCAUUUACCUAGCCCAUGCCUCAGACGUCCUGGAGAAUGCUUUCGCUCCCCUUCUGGACGAGCAGUAUGACUUGGCCACCAAGAGAGUGCGGCAGCUCCUCGACUUGGAUCCCGAGGUGGAAAGUCUGAAGGCCAGCACCAACGAGGUCCUGUGGGCGGUGGUGGCCGCGUUCACCAAGUAACUCUGCUCAGAAUGGAGUGUUCUCCUUUCUCUACAAGCCUGUAGCUUUUGGUCUGUUGGCUUCCAAGUUUCUUCAGUUUGUUUUCUCUACACUAACAUUGGCUUUUGUGUUGUGAAAUAAUAGGCAACUUUUUUUUUUUUUAAAUGUAUGCAGGAUUCUGCUGGUACGAGAGGCUUUCCUCUUUCUGUUUAAAAAGAAGGUUUACUGCCAUAUUGGCAUUCCAUUAUCACUGUUACCUGUUUUGGGUCACUGGUGUGCUUUGACUUGCAGAGUACCUCCAGUCUUCUCACCUGCACACCUUUGGAUUACCUCAGGUUGUGUUUUUCCCACAUGCACAUGUACAUCUCACAUUCUGUCUGCAAUUCAGACAGAAGUCACAAAAAGGCCUUUAAUUUACCAAAGGUGAAAAAAUGUAUGUAUUAGGACAUUUUAUAUAUAGACCUCAGUUGAGAUGUAUACUUAGCAAAAUUAUUUUUAAAAUUGAAACAACAUAUAAAUAAUACAAAAUGCCCCUUGAAUUUUGCUUACCAUGAAAAUCUCUUAUACCAUUUGUUAUAAUUUUAACUAUGAAAUAAUACAGGUCCAGUUGUUUCAUAAAGCCACUUUGUGGUGAGCUGCAUUCCAGGUAUGCUGUAUAUAGUUGGAAUUAUAUAUAAAUUACCCCUUCUUAGGGCCACCGCUGCCUCCAUCUUAGUAUCUGGCAAGAUUUAAUCAGUUUUACACCUGGUACCCCUCACUUUGCCUAUUAUUAUUUAAUGACAGAAUAGAGCUCUAAUCACUGAGAAAGAAAGAGGUGUGUCUGAUUGGUCCCAAGAUUCUUUGAGCUGUGCCAUUCAUGACACUCUGCAAUUUUUUUUGCUUUUACUGUUUUAUCAUUUCUAUAGGGAAGAGGCUUGUGACCAGUACUAAUCUUGAGUACAGUAUUUUUGUUUGUUGAUCACAAGUAAAUUAAUGUCUUCUCUUAAAUGCCCUUUAUUUACACUAUUUUGAGAAAAAAAAUCAAAUGUCACUUAUAGCAGAUUUGCAUGUUAGCAAGUAAUGACUACGGUCAGAUGAUUAAGAAUUUUAUAACAGAAAGCUCUGCUAUGUUUUAAUUUUUAUAUACAAUUAUGACAUUGUAAGAAUAUAAACCUUUGAUUUUUAAAAUUUAUUUUUACUAUUUCUUUAUCACUGCUUAUUAUAUCACCAUUCGUUUCAUAAUGUAAAUACUAUAUAUUGAACAAAUUAAAUGUCAAAUUUUUUAUUACCAUAGUUCAUGUUAAUAGUGGGGCUUUCAGGUAUCUAAAUUUUUUGGUUAACAUUCAAUGCAAAAAUACUAGACAGUGUAUAACUUUAGAUUUGAAUUUUAAGGGAUUCUCUAAUAUGUACACUAUCUUUUUAUCUCAAAUAAAAAAUAAACUAUGAUUUUGAAAGU